AUGAAAGGCCAUCUCAUUGUUUCUCAGAUAUACAAGUUAUCACAAGUUAACUUCUGUGACAAAAGCACUUUUGUAGACAACGCUUCUCAAUAUCACCUUACAUUUGAGAAAAUUAUUGUUGGCAAACAUGGUUAUUCCAUGGAGAAGUGUGACAAUGGCACUGUGAAUGGUGGUGCUCCCAAAGCAACUCGGAUGUGCACUAGAAAAAAUGGAGUGCUUGUUCUUGAACUUCCAAGUGUACUGAAUUGCAAUGUGACCCUGGUUGGCUUAUCAGAAAAGAUACAGUCUGUGAAUGAGACUGCACCAGCAGAAAUUGUGCACAUUGCCACCGACACACAGAUUCUCACUUCCAGGCCAGAACAACUUAACAGUACAGAUAUUUCUAUGGCAGCUUCAAUUGCAGAAAAGAUUCUCAAUCUGUCCAACAGCAAUGUCCCUGGUGAGGCGAUGGUUGCUGCAGUGACUACAGUAAGCCAACUUUUAGAUGCCAACAAGACUGAAUUUAGUUUAUCAAAUAAUAACCUCACCAGUGCUGUAACAAGCCUCACAAUGGCCAUGCAAAAUUUCUCUGUGAGCAACACUUCUACUCUGGAAGUAGUGCAGUCCAACAUUGCAGUCCGCAAGGUUUCUCCCCAGGAGCCCUCUGCUACAAUUCUUUUUUCUGCCAUGAAGGGAUCAACUGACAGUUUGGUUUCUGACAGAAUCAAAGUUGAUGAACAGGCUACUGGCUUGAAAACUGAUGAUCGCACAGAAAUUCAGUUAUUCAUCAAUAUUACAAGCACUAAUUUCACAGGAACAGAGAGAGUUGGCUUUGUGUUGUAUCAAAAUGACAGACUUUUCCCAUCAAAAAUCUACAAAACUCAACUGGAAGAAAACUAUAGCAAUCAAAUCAUUUCCAGCAAUGUCAAUGGGACAAUGGUCAAUAAUGUUAAGAUAGCUUUAAACCCACAUGUGAGUUUUUUUAAAAGCAGCACUUUACACAGCUCAAAAGCAUGGAAAGCAAAAUCCCAAGGAUCUAUUCUGUUAACUUGUUUUUUUUUAAUUCCCAAUCUGCAGUAUAAUAGAUCAGAAUUUCGACUGUACAACUAUGCAUGUGUAUUUUGGAAUUACUCGCUAAACGACUGGGACACAGCAGGCUGCAUAAAAGAGGCAGACUCAUCAAAGUUACUGAGAUGCAGCUGUAACCACACAACUAAUUUCGCAAUAUUAAUGAGCUUCAGGAUCAAUUAUAAAUACGCAAGACCUCUAGAAAUUUUGUCAUAUAUUGGUUGUGGUCUGUCCAUUGCUGGCUUGACUUGUACCAUUGUGUUUCUGAUUCUAAUCAGGAAACAACGGAGAACAUCUAUUACCUUGAUGGUUCUGAGCCUCUGUUCAGCUAUGCUGAUUUUUAACAUCAUCUUUAUUUCUGGAAUCGAAAACACAAAUGCCAGCAAGAAUGCUGAUGAAAACUCUGCUGCCAAUGCCAUGCUCCAGUCUGACAAGGAAGGUCCUCCUGCAAAUGACUGGUGUACAGCUGUCGCUGCCUUAUUGCAUUAUUUCUUGCUGGCAACUUUUAUGUGGACUGGUCUCAAUGCAGUCCAGGUGUACUUGCUAUUGAUAGAAGCUAAGCGACAUUUGUUUCGACACUACAUUGCAAUCAUGUCAUUAACUGGAUGGGGAGUCCCAGCAUUGUUUGUUUCUAUAACACUGGGGGCAACCUAUAGUAACUCAAACUACCGUCAGGAAGAAUUUUGCUGGCUUGCAGCGCUUGAUUCACAUCAGAACUUCUCCAUUGAGAAACCUUUGUUAUGGGCGUUCCUUUUACCAGUGGCAUUCAUCCUUCUGUUCAACAUCAUUGUAUUUGGGAGGACCGUUAUUUGUGUAAUAUGGAAGGAAAACAAGAACUUGACAAGCACCAAAAAGAAGUCCAUCAUAAAGAACAUACUUGCAACUCUGUCUAUAGCCAUUACCCUUGGUAUCACCUGGAUCGUGGGAUAUCUGAUGCUAAUAGACCAUGAGAAAACAAAUAUUGUUUUCAGUUAUGUGUUCUGUAUUUUCAGUGCUACACAGGGACUUCAGAUCUUUGUUUUUCAAGUUCUCACCACUACAAUAUUCCGGAAAAAAGUUACUCAUUUGUUUGAAGCCUACCAAAAUAGUAAGAUAGGAAGAACCUUAAAUUCAAGGUCAUAUUUCUUUUCAAGCAUCCUGGGUAAAAUGAACCCAACAGAGUCCUUUAAAACUAUUGAUUCUACAACACAAUUUGAUGAGCUCCUUCUGGAAAGCAGUUCUGAAGUGUGA